GAACAAUGUAUAAGGUCCAUGUUAUGACAAUGCUGCUGAGGUUCAUGCUGCUACAAUCAACUAACUUACUAACAUAUCCAGAAACGUGCUCUGAGGAGGGUUGCUUUUUCCGGGUCACAUGGACGGAGUGGACCCCCUACAUUUACAAUGUUAGCAUUCACUCCUCAAACCUUCCAUCUCACUCUUCUUUAGCUCUCUCACUAUCCAACUCUUUCUCGUUUAACAGAAUGAUACUCUGCUAUGAUGGAGCUGAUCAACCUUCUUUUAUCAAGGUGUACGAUAACUGGACAGCAAAAACAGGACAAGAUAAAGCUAUAUUUUUGGGCCAGGUGACGAGAUUAACAGAUAAGCUCACCUGCUCAUUCUCAAUGUUAAAAAGGGAACUUCCAGGCACACAUCUGAAAGUGGAUGUCUCUACAUUCAACAUGACAGAGCAGAACUCAAGCUUCCAGGCUCUGUUAAAUGCUUUUGAACUUGGGCAGGGUAUAGAGUUCAGGAAAAAUGAUAGGUUUUAUAUCAGAAGCGAUAACUUGAACACAAGGUAAUCAUGCGAAGUACACGAGACAAGUUGAUAAUGUCUCUUACAGAGCUUCAGCGCUUGGUUAUGGUGCUAAUACAGUCAGUACACAACCAAACUACCAACAACCCCCAACCUGGUCAGCCCUCCACCGAGGCUAUCACCGCUCAAAUAAUUGAGAAACAGAACCUUAUAAAUGAGAUCAUCGAGGAGGCAGAGGAGCAAGAAGAGAUACAGAGAAAAAUAGCAGCAGAGAAACAAGAAUACCACAGACUGGAGAGCGAGGUAAACAAACUUCAACAACAACUUCGACAAAGUCAACAAGUUCUGGAGAUGGUGGUAGCUUCAGCUAACGAGAAAACGGAACAAACUGAAGCAGUAAAAGAGCGACAAUGCACGGUCAGAGACUUGUUGUCGUACGCUCAUCUGAUCAGCAGCUCUUAUAGUAAUCAGAUGCCAGCCAACUGGAGUGAGCUGGACUACAGGAGACCAUGGCCUACUGAUCUGGAUAUGCGAGCUGGGGAGCUGGGGAAGUUAAGUGCUGGCCUCAUGCCAGUGCUAAGUGAAGGAGUUUUAGCAGAACGCCAGGCGCUGCAAGCCAAACAGUGGAAACAGCAGCAGCCCCUUAAUCAAGUAUCCGAGCUGGAAUCUCAAGAAAAAGCAGAGCUUCUGCCAGUGAAGGAGGAAAUGAGCUCGAGUAGUGACGACGAGGGAGAUCAUAUGAUGGAGGAGGUCACGUGACAUCCGGUUACUGGACUUUUUAGUGAUGUUUAGAUUUAUACAUGCUGUUCGGAGAUCCGAGUGCAAGUUUUAAAGCUGAUAACUUACGUGGCUUCCGAUAAUAAGAGCUUUUCCCAUUCUGAACUGACUUCAAUAUUCUUAAUCUACAAACUCUUUUACCGAUGUUAUUACUGAAGUUAUUUUUUAUUUUGGUAUUGUUUGAAAGCGCAUAGAAGGACUAAGGAGACAUUUUAGUGAUUUUGGGGUCUUACAAAUUUAGUAAAGUUAUUCUAAAUAAUAAUUCAAUGUAACUUAAUAAUAUAUAAUUUCAUUUAUAUAAAUUAUUUCAUUACAAAUGUUCACAUUUA